GCGGCAGUGAGACGGGGUAGGCGUGGGGAGGGCUGCCGGUGGUUGCCUGCGGGAGGCAGCUACGGGUCAUGUGACCGGAAGGGCUCCUGACGGACGCCGACCCUCCUCGGCUCGGCCUGAGCGCCCGGCCCGACCCCGGCCAUGGGGUGCUGCUACAGCAGCGAAAACGAAGACUCGGACCAGGAUCGAGAGGAGCGGAAGCUGCUGCUGGACCCUAGCAGCCCCCCCACCAAAGCCCUCAAUGGAGCUGAGCCCAACUACCACAGCCUGCCUUCCGCUCGCACAGAUGAGCAGGCCCUGCUCUCCUCCAUCCUCGCCAAGACAGCCAGCAACAUCAUCGAUGUGUCUGCCGCAGACUCCCAGGGCAUGGAGCAACAUGAGUACAUGGACCGGGCAAGGCAGUACAGCACCCGCUUGGCCGUGCUGAGCAGCAGCCUGACCCACUGGAAGAAGCUGCCACCGCUGCCGUCUCUAACCAGCCAGCCGCACCAAGUGCUGGCCAGCGAGCCCAUCCCCUUCUCCGACUUGCAGCAGGUCUCCAGGAUAGCUGCUUACGCCUACAGUGCACUUUCUCAGAUCCGUGUGGACGCAAAAGAGGAGCUGGUUGUACAGUUUGGGAUCCCGUGAAGAGAAGCAUCCUUGGACAGCUCUUCUCCUCUCUCCACCCCGCCUCCCCCAGCCCCCAGCCUCACUGCGGCUUAUACAGUACCCUAACCUGCUACUAAUCACGGAGAUGUGGACGAGGAGGAGGAGAGUGAGGCUGGAAGCCUGAGCAAGUGAGGACGGAGCAAGGGAGGGUGGAACCAUUUGGGACUGGCUUCAAAGCCCUAGCUAGGGGUGGAGUGGGGGCCAAAAGGACAGGUCCUCGCAGUCACUGGGAAGGUGGAGGUGCCACUGCGGGGGUGGUCACUGGGGCCCAAAGGGUCCCCCUCCCACCCUUCCUCUUGGCCUCAGAGUCACUCCUGUCCCCCUCUCCCUGACUUGGUGCUCACAUGCACCUCUAGGGUUUGUGACCAGGGUCUGGAUGAGCUUGAAUUUGAAUGAAUUGAGUUUGUCUUUCUAGCACCCUGGGUUUUUACAUGUUUGGUCUUUUUUCUUUUUGUUUUUGUUUGUCACCCUCGAUAAAGGAAAUGUAUUCAUC